ACUUAUGUGACUACGGCCUUCUUCCGCCCAAUCUCGUAGAUUAUUGCUCACGGUUUUGUGGCAUCUGCAAGUAAUCCCUUUAUUUCUAACCAUUUCUCACCCACACACAUCAAAAUGCUCGCCACGGUUCGCAAACAGCUGAGGAGCCACCCAGCUCUGAUCCCCCUUUUCAUCUUCAUCGGUGGAGGAGCAGCCAUGUCCAUGUUGUACCUGGCUCGUCUGGGCUUGAGAAACCCAGAUGUCUGCUGGGAUCGCAAGAACAACCCUGAGCCCUGGAACAAACUUGGCCCAACUGAUCAGUACAAGUUCUACGCAGUGAACAUGGAUUACAGCAAGCUGAAGAAGGAUCGUCCUGAUUUCUAAAGACCUUUUCGGCUGGAUCAAAGAACAACAAUCAGUUGAUCUGCACAAAACGGCCACAUUGGGAACUUCCUUUCUCCAGGAACCAGGAAGAUGCAGAGGCUAAAUCCGCACAGUUCUUCAUAUUUAAGUUUCCUCAUUGCAUCACAUUGGCUUUUUUGAAUCAACUGAUGUCUCAUUUUCAUUGCUUGUCAAUUAAAUAAAGGAGUAUUUCUCCUCUGUACAGAGA